AUGGCCAAAGGGGUUGACACCUUGCAAUCCCUGUACUCGCGUCGGGAAAGUCGUUUUCCGACGGCCCUUCUUCGAACGCAGCGGUUGGGUAUCGUCGUACUGCUCGACGAGACCAAGGACAUCAACAUUCAUCCGGGCACGAGGCUCCCAGCUGUCCCACGCCGGUGGAGAGCCACGUCAGUUGACGAGGUUCUUCAUCCGGACGCCAUUCACAUCGCGGUGGUUCAAAAUACGCUCCACUAG